UGCUAGUUUUGCUGCUAAAAUAAGACUACAAUGGCGCCCUCAGUAUUUCUCAUUAGACACGGACAGACAGAAUGGUCAAAGGCCGGAAAGUAUACUGGAAGAACAGAUAUAGAGCUCACAGACUUCGGGAAGAAGGAGGCAACGGCUCUCGGAGACAACUUUUUCGGAUUUAACAAACUGAUCGAUCCGUCACACCUCACGCACGCCUUUGUCAGCCCAAGAAUCCGUGCCAGAGAAACGUUUGAGCUCGUUACUGAGAAGCACCCAGAAUUGAGGCAAAGAACUACAUUUACGGAGGAUUUAAGAGAAUGGGGCCAUGGGGACUACGAAGGAAUGACGACCCAACAGAUUAGAGAUUUAAGAGCUGAGAAGGGACUCAACGCAUCGUCAGAGUGGUCAAUCUGGGCUGGUGGGUGCGAGGGUGGAGAAUCAGUACAAGACAUUGAAAGACGUGCGAAUGAUGUGAUUUCUUUUAUCCGAGACAUCCAAAAAGACUACAUACAUCAUGAGAAUGGUGGAAAUGUCAUGGUUGUACGUUAUUGCUACCUGAGGGCAGCAUUCGUGCCUCGAAGGGUUGGGCAUGGGACUUUCCUUCGAUGUCUAUGGAAAGUCUGGGUACAUCUCCCGUUUGAUUCGCCCAUCAAUAUCCAAUUCGACACUGGUUCCGUUGCCACGCUGAGCUAUAAGGAUAAUAACAUCAACAGUCGAACAGCCGUAAUCGGUCUUAAAAUACCUUCGGCCAGUUAAAGUUUGUCUUUUACUGAGCUGUAUCUUCACAAAGGGGGGCAUCCGCUUCAACCAAAUGAUGCGACACGGAAUAGGCUGGAAUACGCCACAUUAAGAAUUGAACAAUUCCUAAACUUUGGGGGUUUGUGAAUGCCAUUUGACUAGUACAAUCAAAGAACGAGAGGUCUAUGCCUUAUGCAACAACCAUGGACUGUAAUUACUAGACUGGCGCGAUCCUACGUUAAUACAAUUCUUCGCCGUACAUUGGAUCAAGAAGAUCUACUAAUGUCCCUUUACCCUCCA